GUCCUGGAAUCUUGACCCGAACUCUGCUCAAUGCAGGUGUUAGAGUGGUAGCUCUAGAAAGUAACUCAGCUUUUCUUCCAAACUUACAGUCCCUAGAGAACAGCCUGGAUGGACAAUUAAAGGUAAUUUAUUGUGACUUCUUCAGACUGGAUCCUUUGGUGAAUGGAACGCUGAAACCGCCUGCUAUGUCUUCUGACAAACUUUUUGAAACCGUGGGUGUAGCAGCAGUUCCUUGGAGGGCAGAUGUACCUGUGAAAAUUUUUGGAAUCUUACCACAAAAAAAGGAAAGGAACAUACUUUGGAGGCUUCUUUUUGCCCUGUAUGAAUGCAGUUCCAUAUACAGAUAUGGAAGAGUAGAACUCAACAUCUUUAUAAGUGAAAAAGAGUACAAGGUUUUAACAGCAAAGCCUGGGGAAGCUAGGAGUUACCAAGCACUUACUGUACUUUGGCAAGUAGGGUGUGAAAUUCAGCUACUGCACAUGGAACCUUGGUCAUCAUUUGUAACUAAUUUGAAAAACAGGGGACUGGCGGUACCAAAAAGCGUGUGGCUGCCAAAUGACCAUUUAUGUUUGGUACGACUGACUCCUCAACAAAAUCUAUUUACAGGAGGCUUGAAGCCCACAAAUUCAGCUACGUUUAUUUUCAUGGUGAAACAGUGUCUUGCUAAACCCAAGUCUAGACUUACUGAUAGAUUAAAUUCAUGGAGCUUGGACAAUGGUGGCAAAUUACUGAGAGAGUUAGAAAUUCCCAAAAAUGCCAAAACACGUAACUUAUACCCAGAAGACUAUAGGCGUCUUUUUGAGGCUUUGCAAAACUCUAAUAUGUUUGCUGACGCCUGGUUCCAUGAUGAAGUCUUGGGAAGUAUAAGGAACAUAAACUUAUAAAUCUAAAGCUGCUGUCUUUUGGAAGAUCACCUUUGCUUCUGGAAGAUUACUUUGAUAAGAAAUGAUUUAAAUAAAAUUGGAGAUACUGUUAGCUGGAUGACUUCCUGUCCAAACAGGAAAAUAAAUUUAGCAAGUUAUAAGAGCCCUUCUACACAGGAUGAAAGUAACGGAUUCACAGUUA